GUUGCAUUCAAUCUUUCCACAACGGAGGAAAAGAGGGAGCGGCCACCCUACUAAGAGGGAGAAUGGCUCCAUCAGGCGCAGCUCCGGAACCGAGAGUCGCGCGGGUUGGUGUUUCCCGAACGAGGGGCGGGGAUAAUCGGGAAAUUCUCGGGAAAACAUUAGCUUUCGCUUUUUGCUGGGUUUUAAUCAAAGAGGAAAAGGCGACAGCGUCGAGAUCCUUUAAGUUGGUGUGCCUUGUUUCUCCUCCAUAGAGCAUCAAUUAUGGAGCAAUGUGGCCUCCUCACCUCCUUGAAAGUGCCAGUGCCUUUGAAAAGCAUUUCUGUGGAUGUCAUUAUACGAGGUUUCGUGGCUGACGUAGUAUCCGAACUUCAGUACCAGAAUGAGGAAAAGAAUCCAGUGGAGACCACCUUUGUCUUCCCUCUGGAUGAUGAAGCCGCAGUCUAUGCCUUUGAAGGUCUCAUCGGUGGGACACGGAUUGAGGCCCAGAUCCGAGAGAAGCAGCAGGCAGAACAAGAAUACCAAGAUGCCGUGAGCGAAGGCCGCCAGGCUUUCCUGCUUGAGAGAGAAGAAAAUGCCAAUGACAUUUUCACGUGCAGCCUGGGCAAUCUUCCUCCUGGUGGGGAAGCCAUACUGAAACUACGCUAUGUUCAAGCAUUAGCGGUGGAACCAGAUGAUGCCGUCCGUUUUGUCCUGCCAGCUGUCUUGAACCCCCGCUAUGUUCCUGAAGGCUCAGAAGGGGGCACUGUUUCCCAGAAGAUACCACGAAUGUCCAAAGAAGCUGUGCCUUACACCCUCAGCCUCAGUGCCAAGGUAGAGUCCCCCUAUGUCAUCAAACGGGUGGACUCAAAAUGCAGUCUUGUACAAAAUAUGUCAGAGGAUCGCACUGCUGCCCAGGUCUCCUUGGCUAAAGGGCACAAAUUUGAUCGUGAUGUGGAACUGCUGAUAUAUUAUGAAGAUGUGCACAAGACCAGUACCAUUUUAGAGAUUGGGAAAUCUGGAGCUGCCCCAGGUUCACUGAUGGGAGACCCAGCCCUCCUGCUAAGCCUGUAUCCAAACAUUGUAGCUGCCAAAGCAGGCCAGUGUGUUUCUGGAGAGUUUAUCUUCCUGCUGGAUCGCUCUGGCAGCAUGGAUACCCUCAUGGGUAACAGUGUUGGUACCCAAUCACGCAUCGAGAGCGCUAAGGAGACCUUGAUUUUCUUACUAAAGAGUCUCCCUCUGGGAUGUUACUUCAACAUCUUCGGUUUUGGUUCUACUUAUGACUCAUUUUACCCGCAGAGUGUUAAGUAUACCCAGCAGACCAUGGAUGCAUCUGUCCAACGUGUGAAGGAGCUGCAUUGUGACUUGGGAGGAACAGAGAUUGUAAAACCCCUGAAGGCUAUUUACAGCCAGCCAUGCGUUGAAGGACAUCCUCGACAGGUCUUUGUGUUCACUGAUGGAGAAGUGUGCAAUACAAAUGAGGUCAUUGCUGUGGUUCGACAUAACAGUCACUUCCACAGGUGCUUCUCCUUUGGCAUUGGGGAAGGGGCUUCCACGUCCCUGGUCAAAGGCAUUGCUCGAGCUGCUGGAGGCAGUGCCGAAUUCAUCACUGGCAAAGAACGCAUGCAGGCCAAGGCUUUGCAAAGUCUGAAGAAGGCCCUUCAGCCAGCAGUGUCGGGGAUCUCUCUGAGCUGGGAGUUGCCUUCUGGCCUUGAGGCCAACCUUGUGGGGUCAGGCCCUCAGGUCAUUUUCCAAGGUCAGCGCUGCCUCAUCUAUGCCCAGAUCCGGGGCCAACCACAGACGUCAGGCUCCAUGGAAGGGACAGCCGUCGUUCGGUAUAAUUUCCAAAAUGAGACUCAGACAGAAACAAUAAAGUUCUCAUUCCAACUUGAGAAGACAGAAAGGCUCCCUGUUCACCGUCUUGCUGCUCAGGCACUAUUGAAGGAAUUAGAAGAAGACAAGGAGAAGAUGGAAGAAAAGCGGGUUCUGGCACUAGAGACAAGCCUGAGCUCUGGGGUGGUGUGUUCCCAGACAGCUUACGUGGGUGUGAACACAGAGCUGGGCAAACCGAUUCAAGGACCUCUCCUCCAUUCGCUGGGAUCAUCAGGCCCGCUCUUCCUGGAACAGGUAGCAUCAUGGAGAAAUAGACGCAGCACCCUUCGAGAGGCACGUGAGUAUCAUAACCAUCAAGAUAAUUUGUGUUACUCUUUGUACAAGCAAAAGAAAUGCUGUACUGAUUAAUUUCCUUUAUAUUCUGUAUGAAGAUCAAACAUGGGACCCACUUAUUCAUAUUAAUAAAUACA